AUGGCCACCACCACUAGCGGGUCUGACUCGGUGGAAACACGCAUCUACGACGUGGCCAUCGUUGGCGGUGGCAUCAUUGGGUUGUCUACAGCGAUGCAACUGCUGGAACGCUCGCCCAACCUGAGCGUGGCAGUGAUGGAGAAAGAACCGGAGUUGGCGCGCCACCAGACUGGCCAUAACAGUGGGGUCAUCCAUUCGGGGAUUUACUACCGGCCCGGUUCGUGGAAAUCCCGUUUUUGCGUUGGCGGAAAAGACCGUUUGAUUGAAUUUUGCGACCAGAACGAGAUUGAAUACGACGAAUGCGGCAAGGUUAUCGUGGCCACCCACGAGAGCGAAUUGGGUCGUCUGCAGGACUUGUACGAGCGUGGUGUGGCUAACGGCGUGCCCGACCUGGAGGUGGUCGAUUCGGAACGAUUGACUGAGAUCGAACCUCACACCGUGGGCGUUCGGGCUUUGUGGGCGCCACACACCGGCAUCAUCGACUACACCCAGGUGGCGCGGGCUUACGCUGGCAAAGCCCAGGGUUCCGGCGGCGAUAUUUUCACCGCCGCGGCGGUCAAAUCGGUGCGGCAAACUACCGACGGGAAUGCGCUGGAAACUGACCGCGGGACGCUCCAGGCUCGACACGUCAUCAACUGCGGUGGACUUUAUGCAGACCAGUUGGCGCGCAUGAUGGGCGAGGAUACCGACGUGCGGAUAAUUCCCUUUCGCGGCGAGUAUUAUCAACUGGCCGAGGCCAGUGAGCAGCUGGUGAAAGGCCUCAUUUAUCCAGUGCCAGAUCCGAGGUUUCCUUUCCUGGGCGUGCAUUACACGCGGAGCAUCCACGGCUACGUGGAAGCCGGCCCCAAUGCGGUGCUGGCAUGGGCGAGGGAAGGUUAUCGCAAAAGCGAUAUCAGCAUCAGCGAAACGAUGGGCGCGCUGACUUUUCCCGGCUUUUGGAAGAUGACCGCCAAACACUGGCGCACCGGAAUGCAGGAAAUGCACCGUUCUUACCGUAAGUCGGUAUUCGUGAAUGACCUCCGCAAGUUGAUACCCGAGAUUCAGCCCUCUGACCUGGAACCCGGUGGCAGCGGAGUUCGCGCACAGGCUGUGGCGGCAAACGGAGCAUUGCUUGACGAUUUUCACAUCCUGCGAGGCCAACGCGCGCUGCACGUCCUGAAUGCCCCGUCGCCCGGCGCAACAUCAUCGCUGGCCAUCGGCGAAUACCUGACCGAUCUGGCGCUGGAAGAUUUUGGACUGCAGACCGGUUAG